CUCUGUAUUUGGCGUAUCAUGCAGUCACUACCGCUUUCAUCACUUUGCCCGCCUGGACUAUUAUCUAUGCUCCUCCCUUCUUUCGACCAAGACCGACGUGGUCGUUAUGGAGAACUGUCUGCGUGAAAUUGUUACGAAGAGCGGGCAGAAUAGCGUCCAGAAUGGGGGCGGGCGGCCCUAGUGCUGAUUGUUACGCCUUAGUCGCCGACGCAAAAGGCAAUUGGGUAGAGCCCGUUCCAGAAAAUUUUAUCGUAGGCGGUAUCUGUUCCAUGGCAGUGGCUGCUGGCCUGCACCCCGUCCGUCUACCGGGAUACUGGUUGGACAGGGAUGGCUCGGACAUUCCUGCUGGGACGCCAGCCGCCAGCGGUGAGAAAGUAAUUUAUCACCUUCACGGAGGGGGGUAUGUCGCCCACUCUGCAAAUCCCAGCGACCCCACUGCCAAUAUUGGUCGAGGACUGAUGAAGCACUGCGCCGCGGUCCGGCGAGUCUUCUCGAUCGAGUACCGCCUUAGUUCAGUCACUGAGGGACGAUACUGCAACCCGUUUCCUGCUGCACUCAUAGACGCAUUGACGGGGUAUCACUAUCUUGUGAACACCUUGGGCUUUCGAGCGGAGGAUGUUAUACUUGAGGGCGACUCAGCAGGAGGCCAUCUUGCUCUGGCACUC